GGCGCAAAUGAUUGUUUGACUGCUGAACUGUAUCUUCAUUCAUUUUAUGUUCAGGUUGUGUUCAUAGAUAUUUUCUGACAUGAUUUUACAUGCUUGUAGGUUUUGUGCUCAGUUGGUGGUGGCUGGACCAAGAGUCAAUCCACCGUCCUGGUCUGGUCUUUUUCGAGUGAAACUGGUCUGCCCUGGCCAGACUUGACAGGCCCGUCCAUCCUCAUCAACGGUCUGUCACUCACUCCACCGUCCAUUCUCAUCAGCACACAUCUCAAAGCGCCCCCAGCCGUCUUCUCCUUCCGUUCCCCGCACCGUGGGCUGGAACCGACCAACUCCGCUUCCUAUAAAGCCAUGGCCGUCUUCGCCACAAUUCCCCAAAUCCAAACCAGUCUCGGCCGCGUCCCGCUCAAACUUCUCAGCGCUCCGCGCUCCAACCUCUCGGCACGCCGCCACCCGGGGCCGGCCGCCAUGAAGGACCUGGCGGCGGAGAGCAAGCUGGAGAUCCGGCAGGUGUGGGCGCACAACUUGGAGGCCGAGUUCGAGUGGAUCCAGCGCGCGCAGGAGCACUACCCCUACGUCUCCAUGGACACGGAGUUCCCGGGCGUGAUCCACAAGCCCAGCAAGCACCACACGGAGCUCACCCCGUCGGAGUGCUACGACGGCAUCAAGGCCAACGUGGACGCGCUCCACCUCAUCCAGGUCGGCCUCGCCUUCGCCGCCACCGCGGACUCCCCGCCCGCCGUCGCCUUCGAGAUCAACCUCCGGGAGUUCGACCCGCGCGUGCACCCCCACAACCCCACCUCCAUCGCCUUCCUCGCCGACAGCGGCAUCGACUUCGCCAGGAACCGCGCCGACGGCGUCGACGCGCGCGACUUCGCGUCCCUGCUCAUGGGCUCGGGCCUCGUCUGCCCGGGCGACGGCGACGACUCCGACGUCACCUGGGUCACCUUCCACCCCGCCUACGACUUCGGGUACCUCGUGAGGCUGCUCACGGGCCGCCACCUCCCCGACACCCUCCCCGAGUUCCUCCGCCUCGUGCGCGUCUUCUUCGGCGACGAGGUGUACGACGUCAAGCACAUCGCAAGCCGGUGCCGGCACCGGCUCCCCGGCUCGCUGGACGGCUUGGCGGACGAGCUCUGCGUGAAGCGCGAGGCCGGGAGGUCGCACCAGGCGGGCUCCGACAGCGCCGUCACCUGGGGCGCCUUCCGCCGCAUCCGCGAUAAGUACUUCGUCAAGGAGGGCGUGCGGGGAUUCGCCGGGGUGCUCCACGGCCUCGAGUUCGAUCUCGACCUCUACCUCGCCGCCGCGGGCGACGAGAACAGCUAGGGCGGCGUCAUCAGCGCUGCUCCUGCCACCGCCAACGACAACGGCAACGGCAACAGCCGCAAGGUCGCCCCGCUCCCGCUGAGAAGAACCCGACCAUAGCUAGCUAGUCGUGCCAUUAACCUUGCGUUGAUUCGUUCCUAGUGCCUCGUGUUUGUAGUAGUCUGUACAAGUGUAUAGCGUCCCUUGAUUCCCCGAUUUGGGGUGAACAGCAAUUGGGGAGAAAACUAUUCUUUGGUUGGUUGAAAUUCAUGCCCUGACCAGCUUCGAUUUCAAAUCGAUUUUUCAGUUCGGUUUAUA